AUGUCUGCUGUUACCGUUGCUGUUCCUGCUGUUACCGUUGCCGCACCUUCUGUUACCGUUGCUGCUCCUGCUAUUACCGUUGCUGCUCCUGCUGUUACCGUUGUUGCUCCUUCUGUUACCGUUGUUGCUCCUUCUGUUACCGUUGCUGCUCCUCCUGUUACCGUUGCUGCUCCUUCUGUUACCGUUGCUGCUCCUGCUAUUACCGUUGCUGCUCCUCCUGUUACCGUUGCUGCUCCUUCUGUUACCGUUGCUGCUCCUACUAUUACCGUUGCUGCUGCUAUUACCGUUGCUGCUCUUCUGUUACCGUUGCUGCUCCUCCUGUUACCGUUGCUGCUCCUCCUGUUACCGUUGCUGCUCCUCCUGUUACCGUUGCUGCUCCUGCUGUUUGCUAUAUCGUCCCCAUAA